CACGACUUGCAUGAUGAUAGGCGGUAAGUAUUAACACCCCUCUGGCCUCCCUUCCAUUUAAAUUUUGUCACAGUACAUCCGCUGACUUGUUUUUCGUUCCUUCAGAAGGAGCACCAGCCCGAGCACACCUUGCCGCCACUACGCGAUCACCUUCCUUUCUCUGCGCCUUUGCACUGCUCAUCAUUUCGAUAACAGUUGAGGUCACGACGUUAUCCAGUUUUCUUCCAGCAUAUCUAGACGUGACAGUUGCAGCAAUAGCCCUCUUGGUACUGUUGUAUCUGUGCUAUUCGAUAUAUAGUGCCGUCGGAUUUUACAUUCAAUUUGGCUUGACAUGCCUCCGAACUGACUUGAAGAACAUACAAGGUCACUACAACCUUUGCCAGGUGACGAGUACUUCGAAUGAAAAUUCGGAAGAUCCAGAACUUGAGGCAACUAGUAUGAAAGGCUUCUGGGUGGCAGAAAUUGUGUCUCCAGUGACAAAUAAAGCAGAAAUCGUCGGUUGUAUUAGUCUUGGUGAUCCCCCCCCUCCUCCGUUCACCUCGGGGCCUGGUACUACCGAACUUCGUCGUAUGAUAGUCUCUCCUUAUCACCGCAGACGGGGUAUCGCUCGUGCCCUCAUCGAAGCGUGCGAGGCGCAUGCGACUACGAGUAAACACAAGUUGACCGCAAUAGUCCUGCGAACGACCUUUUACCAGCCUCAUGCUAGGCAGCUAUAUACAAAACUGGGGUACAAAAUUGUACUGGAAAAGGAUUUUCGUUUUGGUAUUGACAAUGUUCAUGUUUUCCUAUACAGAAAGGAUUUAUUAAACUCGAAAUAACUAUUGAAAUAUUGUAGUAACAGUACGAAUCGAUAAUAGACUCAUACAUCAAGCCUCGAUAUAGGUCGUAGUAGCAGCGCUAUCAUUGUCAUUGCAAGUGAGUCUUCUUGGUGUGACCGCUUACGCCGCAAGUCUAAACCAGUCCGACAUGGGGAUUUAUG